AUGGUCGACACAGAGCUUCUCCGAACGCUUCAGCACUACACAUUUCUACUUCUCUCGGUGACUCGGUUCCUUGCUGGCGUUCUCUCCGCAUGCUGCCACGCAGGCGUGCAGGACACGCUUGUCCUAUCCACUACAAGCAGGUACCCACUAUUCACUGGAAAGACAGUUGCGAAGGCCAUCAAGCUAGAUCCAUUACAUCCACUAGAAGAGUCUGGAGAUGCGGGUAUUCCUUUUGGCCUCUCGCUAAUGCAUACUAUGUCCUCACCUCCGGGGAAUGUUACGUUCGCGUUUGAGAACCUAGCCGAUGGUAUGACCUGCGGGCGAAGAACGGGACAUGCCAACACUACAUGCCCCAAAGUCACUAUCAUCUUCCUCGACAGCGAGGGCGUUAUCGGGCGUUAUCAGGCGGUAGUUGCGAUUGUUUCAUCCAAGCUGACAGGAUGCCCCAUUUCCCGCGCGCUCCCGCUGUCAGUAUCCCCACGUUUCAACUUUGCCACAGAUUCUGCAGGUACCGUUUCAACAUCAACACCUCACCUCUAA